UCCAAGAUGGCGGUCGCAGUGAAAAGGUUAUGUAAGGGAGUCUUCAAUUUAAACUCACUUAACACUGGAUUUAUUGCGUCUGGGAAUUUAUUGAAGGCGUCUGUACCUCGUACUAUGGCAUAUCUAGGUUCAGUUCGAAGAUUGAGCGAUAAUGUUGAGGAUAAAGAAAGUACGCAGUCAAAGAAUGAAGGGGAGAAGAUAGAGGAAUCAGCUGAUCCUUUUGCAGCCUUCCCUGAUGAUGUUAAUCCUGUAACGAAGGAGAGAGGAGGACCUAAAGGACCGGAGCCUACGAGAUAUGGCGACUGGGAACGCAAGGGACGAUGUAUUGACUUUUGAGAUUAUUUAUUAUCAACAGUCAGUUUGGGCAAAGCCCCGAGUACUGAACAAAAUGGAUGACGCAACUGUCAAGAUACCUUACAUAACGAAACUCUUACGUUAUCCCAAAUGAGACACAGAAAUAUUUCUUAUCCUCAACAACAUUUUGAAAAAGCGAUUAUUACCUUUUUUAUAUGUACCGAAAAAGAAAACCAUUGCCAUGGUAACAUUACCCCGCUGUAUUUCUGAAGGACGUCGUGUUCUAAUACUGGGUGCUGCGUAUCAUAAUGCAUUAAUAAAUGAUAAUUACUAGGGUUAAUGGAUAGUGGAGUUUUAUCAUUGUUCGUAUGGCAUACUAGUUUCAUCCAUCCAACGUCAAAUUUUAACCCAUGUCUGGUCAAUCAUUUGUCGGUUCUACUGAAAGGCAUGAAAAAAAAAUUGAUAUCUUCACAACCCAUAAAGAAUGCUCUAAUCGGAGUCCGCAGCUAGAGCGAAUUUUGGAUUGGUGGGUGUGGGAUGGGGGCUAAUGUUUUUAAAUAAAUGCUUUCAAAUGCUGAAUUUUAAAUCAUAUAGAGAAUAAAUCACAAAUGGAGGCAA